CGCCGCCGCCGCCGCCCGUCCGCGCCCCGGGCCGCGCUUCCCUUUCCGGGCGCGGAGGCGGCGCUGCCGGGUCCCGUGUGCGCCCUCGGCCGCGUCGGCUCGGGCUGCUGCUGCGGCGACCAUGGCAUCCGCCCUGCGACUCUGCGCCGCAGUUGUUUUACUGGGCAUGGCUUUCUGUAAAGGAAUCGUGGAAGAUUUAGAUGACUCGUUUAAAGAUAGUCGGAAAAGUGACAUUUGGCUUGUAGAUUUUUACGCACCGUGGUGUGGCCAUUGUAAAAAACUGGAACCAAUUUGGAACGAAGUUGGUCUUGAGAUGAAAAAUGUUGGGUCUCCUGUUAAAGUCGGGAAGAUGGAUGCCACGUCCCAUUCCAGUGUUGCUUCAGAGUUCGGAGUGCGGGGUUACCCUACAAUUAAGCUACUGAAAGGGGACUUGGCGUAUAGUUACCGAGGACCACGGACCAAGGAUGACAUCGUCGAGUUUGCCCACAGGGUGUCUGGGGCACUGAUCCGGCCCCUUCCCAGCCAGCAGAUGUUCGAGCACGUGCAGCGCCGACACCGGGUGUUUUUCGUUUACGUCGGUGGCGAGUCAACGCUGAAGGAGAAGUACAUCGAUGUUGCUUCAGAAUUAAUCAUAUACACGUACUUCUAUUCUGCCUUCGAAGAGGUGGUUCCGGAGUAUGUGAAGCUGAAAGAGAUCCCCGCCGUGCUGGUUUUCAAGGACGGCAGCUACUUUGUGUACGAUGAGUACGAAGACGGCGAUCUCUCGGCGUGGAUCAACAGGGAGCGUUUCCAGAACUACAUCGCCAUGGAUGGGUUCGUCUUGUACGAGCUCGGAGACACUGGAAAGCUUGUGGCCAUUGCAGUUAUUGAUGAGAAAAAUUCAUCUCUGGAACAUACCAGACUGAAGUCAAUUAUUCAGGAAGUUGCUGGAAAUUUCCGAGGCCAGUUCCACAGGGAUCUUCAGUUUGGCCAUAUGGAUGGGAAUGAGUAUAUAAAUACCUUGCUGAUGGAUGAGUUGUCAGUCCCCACCGUCGUUGUGCUGAACACUUCGAAUCAGCAGUACUUCCUGCUGGAUCGGCAGAUCAAAAAUGCCGAGGACAUGGUCCAGUUCAUCCACAGCAUUCUGGAUGGCCGAGUGGAAGCUCAAGGAGGCGAUAGCAUUUUUCACAGAUUGAAGAGGAUACUGUUCGAUGCCAAAACUACCGUGGUGUCCAUCUUCCGGAGCUCCCCGCUCAUGGGCUGCUUCCUGUUCGGCCUGCCGCUGGGCGUCAUCAGCAUCAUGUGCUAUGGGAUCUACAGCGCCGACGCCGAGAGCAGCUACAUCGAGGAGCGCUAUGAGCUGUCCAAGGGCGACGGGGACCCCGAGGGCGCCGAGCUGCCCGAUGAGCUCCCGCGGGAGCACGAGGUGCGCAACGGGCACCCGCCCAUGCCCGCCGAGCCCGAACCCGAGCCCAAGGGCGAGCUGGAGAAGAAGACCGACUGAGCGUGGGCCCC